UGAUUCACUGCUACUCUGCUGGCUGUCUACCGAGCUUUACGCGCGCGCUUACACAGGAGUCCGAGUUUAACAGGAGAGAAUGGAAAUGUUUGAUAUGAAAACGACCGCAUCCAUAUCUUAAAGUUUUGUUUUGUUUUUACCUGAAAUUCCCUGACCCCUCGUUUCUUAUGGCAAAUCGUGACAAGAAUAAAAAGACUCUUCUGGAACUGGUGAAGCAGCCGGAGAACAGUAGCUGUGCUGACUGCAGCGCCGCAGACCCGGACUGGGCUUCAUAUACCCUUGGCGUAUUUGUUUGCCUGAAUUGCUCAGGAACUCAUCGCAACUUAUCAAGUAUCAGCCGGAUAAAAUCCAUCCGAUUAGACUUCUGGGAUGAUGAGCUUGUGCAGUUCAUGAAAGCCCAUGGAAACCGAGAUGCCAAGGAUCUCUACGAGAAAUCUGUCCCGGUCUUCUAUUAUCAGCCGCAGCAACAUGACUGUGAUGUCCUAAGGGAGCAGUGGAUUAGAGCCAAGUAUGAAAGACAGGAGUUUACAGAGCAAAAUAAACUUACAGCCUAUUCAUCAGGAGUAUAUGAAGGAGUGUUGUGGAAGAAGGGAAAGGACAAUGGACAGUUUCUCAAGAGGAAGUUUGUUUUAGCAGAGCAAGAUUUCACCCUCAAAUAUUAUAAGGAGGAUGAAUCAAAAGGGCCAAAGGCUGUUAUCUCUGUACAGACUCUGAAUGCAACCUUUCAGCCUCAGAAGAUUGGACAUGCUCACGGGCUUCAGAUCACUUAUUCAGUUAUGGACCACACCCGAAACCUCUUUGUUUACCAUGAAAGUGGUCAGGAAAUUGUGAAUUGGUACAAUGCUAUAAGAGCUACACGUUUUGCCUACCUGAAGACAGCAUUUCCUACCGCCAGUAAUGCUGAGCUGCUGCCAUGGAUUACCAGAAACUACUUAAAAGAGGGUUACAUGGAAAAAACUGGACCUUCGCACCGGGAGCCAUUCAAGAAGAGAUGGUUCAUCUUGGAUGGCCUUGAGAGAAAACUACUCUAUUUUAAAACAGAGCUGGAUGCUGUGGAGCUUGGGGUCAUUUUCAUUGGGACAGAGAAUCAUGGCUACUCAGUGAGUGAGUGUAUGCCGAAGGGGACCAGAGGAAAUAAAUGGAAAUGUGGGAUGGCAGUGGAGACACCGGACCGCCAGUUCAUCUUCAUGUGUGAGCAGGAGCGAGAUAGAAAGGAGUGGAUGGACGCCCUGAAAUUCAUCAUCUCCAAGCCUAUGCUUCCUCAGGAUUACACCACCGAGGCCAAUAUUCGCAGACGAAAAUGAUCAUCAUCGAGGAUAGAAGCGUGUUUGGACUCCCAUCACUGUGGAUAUUUAUAAUAUCAGCUGCACAAUGUAUGAAAUGUUUAACCUGAACCUUUUCAAAGUAUACUCUUUAAGUAUAAAAAAAAGUGAGUAAAACACUCAAGAGUACUUUGAAGGGUUCAUUGGGAUUAACUUUCAUCAUGGAAUGGUUUAUGUAAUGGAACCCAUUUGGACAGGGUUUCCUCAGAGAGGACGAGAGUGGAGCUGUUUUCCCAUACGCAGUGUUUAGUCCAUUUGAAUUGAACUCUGGUGUGGAUGCAGUUUGUUGAUGCAGGUGAGAACAGUCGCAAAAUCGCUCUUAGAUGUGGGUCAGAACAGUUGAUCCGAGAUCUGGUCUAAUUGAGAUUGUCUCCGUCUGGUUCCAAGUGAACUCCUGCCUGGUCUGAUUGCAGUGAGAUAGAGCUUCUACCCUAAACCGACCCAGCUACAGGAAGUAAACCUCUACAGGCUCCACAGUUUGGAUUGCAGGCUACGGUUUUGUAGAUGUGAGCUGCUAACUGAUCUGCAGGGCUAAAAGGACAGAGCUGUAGCACGGCAGGAAAUAGAUAUUUGGACUGAGAGAAAAUAAACAGUGGGUGCUUAACACAAAAAUUGGUUAUUUCUAUAAUUAUCUAGUAAUUUUUUACAGCUCUGGCUUUAAACUCUCUGUACUGAGGUGAUUUCUAUUUUCAGGUGUACAUCACCUUCAGACUUUUUUUUUUUUGGUUUAAAUAGCAAAACAAAUCAAGUAUCAGUUUGUGCUCAAAUUUGGAGAAUUGAGAAAGUGUCCCAGAAAGCCUCAGUAUUUUAUUUUUAGUGUUUUACUCCUUCAGCUCAAUUCUUCAGUUAAUGUUUAUGGUUUUAAUGAACACCAAUAAUUACACACAUGUGUGAAUGUGUGAUUUUCUACAUGAAGGACCUCUUUCCCAAGUUCUUUUAAUAAGACAUUUUGUAAAAAAAAAAAAAAUAAUAAUAAUAAAAUAAAAUAAAUAAAAAAUAAUUGUAAAUAAUUUCAAACACAAGCAUGGUGGACUUGCUAGAUAUUAGAUAUUAUCCACUUCUAGACAUUACUGAAAAUAGAGAAAAGGAGAAACACUAUUAAAGACAUCCAAACGUGAACUGUUUUUCAGCUCACUCAGCACUCUUGGCUUCUUUUAGGAUCACUUCCAUAUUCACUCUCAGCUUACUGUUCAAGAGAGAGAGAGAGAGAGAAAGAGAGAGAGAGAGCUCAUUAAUAGAACAGCCCAAAACUGCUGUCUGUUAAUAAGCACAUCCUCAUGCACCACCCUCGUGUUUCAGAAACCCGCAAAACCACUGCAACCAUCUGCUACAGCUCUACAUUAAGGUCUGUUUGUACACUAUAUUGGCAAAAGUUUUGGGACACCCCUCCAAAUCAUUGAAUUCAGGUGUUAGUUUUCAGGGGAUGGGCUCUGCCCCUUAGUUCCAGUGAAAGGAACUCUUAAUGUUUCAGCAUACCAAGACAUUUUGGACAAUUUCAUGCUCCCAACUUUGUGUGAACAGUUUGGGGAUGACCCCUUCCUGUUCCAACAUGACUGCACACCAGUGCACAAAGCAAGGUCCAUAAAGACAUGGAUGAGUGAGUUUGGUGUGGAGGAACUUCACAGAGUCCUGACCUCAACCUGAUAGAACACCUUUGGGAUGAAUUAGAGCGGAGACUGCAAUCCAGGCCAAAACUGGGACGUCUGCCUUUACAUGCACAUUAAUUUAAUAUGGAGCUGUCCCGCCCUUUGCAGCUAUAACAGCUUCAACUCUUCUGGGGAGGCUUUCCACAAGGUUUAGAAGUGUGUGUAUUUGUGAGGUCAGGCACUGGUGCUGGACGAGAAGGUCUGGCUCACAGUCUCUGCUCUAAGUCAUCCCAAAGGUGUUCUGUCGGAUUGAGGUCAGGACUCUGAAGUUCCUCCACACCAAACUCACUCAAAACUUUUGGCAAUAGGGUUAAUAGAAAUAUGUGGAUUUUAUUCUUUUGCUAGUCAAACACAUUAAAAAACACCAAACUGACAAAAUUUGACAAAACAUGUCUUUUUAUGAUCAAGUUGGAUGAUUGUCUGCAUGUGUUUCUGAAACAAAUAGAUAUAUUUUGGGUUCUGACAUAUUUCCUGAUAAAAAAAAAUUCAAUAGAUAAAAUUCAGUAGAUGUUCAUUUUAUUUCUACUAAAAUGAUGUACUUUUUCACCUUCAUUGUGACAAACUGGCCUUAUCCAUUACCUUAUUAUUCAUCUUAACUUUUAAGAUGAAACAUUUAGACAGAAACACACUCCUGAUGGCCUACAGGGGGCGCCACGUGUGUCUUAUUUAGGUUUAAAACAAA